AUGGCAUCAUCAGCGCAGGACAGUAGGCGAAAAUCGAAACUUUCCAUCAUGACCAGUUGGAGAGAUGUAUCAUCAUCCGUGAAGAUGACUACUUCUUCCUCGGGGCAUUAUGCCAACCUUUCAUCAUUAAAGGAGGAUGACUAUGGUGAUAGCGAUGAUGAAGAUCCCAUCAGGAACGACAAUGAGAAGGUGGAUGAGGAGAAAAGGCAUGAUCCUGAAAUACUGCCGGCGGCAAAAGGUUCCCGGUGUGCUGUUCCUGGCUGUGAUACAUAUGUGAUGAUUGACAAGGCAACAGGGAAGGAUAUCCUUCCCUGUGAAUGUGGUUUUAAAAUAUGCAGGGAAUGUUAUGUUGAUGCUGCCGGAGCUGGAGACGGGAUUUGCCCCGGGUGUAAGGAGGAAUAUCAAUCUACAAAUAUUACUACUUUUAAUUCAGCUAAGGUAACAGGUGGUAAUGACCCCCUUCCACUUUUGCCACCUCCUUCUGCUGCUUUUACAACCUCAGGGGUAGGGAGACCACUGUCAAUGAUUAAUUCAACCAAAUCGGUGUUGUGGAGAAGCCAGACAGUAACGGAUUUUGAUCAAACCAGAUGGCUCUUCGACACCCAUGGAACCUAUGGAUAUGGGAAUGCUAUAUGGUCAAAUGGAGUAGGGGGAGGGGGAGGAGGAUUUGUGGAUGGGAAUGACAAUGAAGUCAACAUUCAACCUGCUGAUCUAAUAAUGCACAAGAAGCCAUGGAAACCGCUGACCCGUAAACUGACAAUUUCAGCUGCUGUUUUGAGCCCAUAUAGGUUACUAGUUCUUGUGAGGAUGGUUGUUCUCGGGUUUUUCUUGACAUGGAGAGUAAAUCAUCCAAACCGUGAUGCAAUUUGGUUGUGGGGAAUGUCAGUGGUUUGUGAGAUAUGGUUUGCAUUCUCUUGGAUUCUAGACCAACUGCCAAAGCUCUGCCCUGUAAAUCGUGCCACUGAUCUGGUGGUUCUGAAAGAGAAGUUCGACACUCCCUCGGGAAAAUCAGACCUUCCUGGAAUAGAUGUCUUUGUCUCCACUGCUGAUCCCGAGAAAGAGCCAGUUCUAGUCACCGCCAACACUAUAUUGUCCAUUCUAGCUGCUGAUUACCCCGUUGAAAAGUUGGCUUGUUAUGUCUCUGAUGAUGGAUGCGCGCUUCUGACGUUUGAGGCCAUGGCAGAAGCUGCAAGCUUUGCUAAAUUUUGGGUUCCUUUCUGUCGGAAACAUAACAUUGAACCAAGGAACCCAGACUCCUAUUUUAACCAGAAGAAAGAUCCUUACAAGAACAAGGUCCUCCAUGACUUUGUUAAAGAUCGAAGGCGUAUUAAGCGCGAGUAUGAUGAAUUCAAGGUCCGGAUCAAUACUCUCCCGGAGUCUAUUCGCCGUAGGUCUGAUGCUUGGAAUGCUAGGGAAGAAAUGAAUGCUAAAAACCAGCAGGAUAGCAAGAUCCCUAAAGCCACUUGGAUGGCCGACAAAUCCCAUUGGCCCGGGACUUGGUUGAAUUCUGCGCCCGAGCACUCCAAAGGAGAUCAUGCUGCCAUCAUUCAGGUGAUGCUGAAGCCCCCAAGUGAUGAACCGCUAAAAGGUGGUAAUGGCAAUGAUGCUGCGGAUGAGAUGAUUGAUCUAACUGAUAUAGAUAUUCGGCUCCCAAUGCUCGUAUAUGUUUCUAGGGAGAAGCGCCCUGGCUAUGAUCACAACAAGAAAGCCGGAGCUAUGAAUGCCUUGGUGCGAGCCUCUGCGAUCAUGUCUAACGGUCCCUUUAUCCUCAACCUUGACUGUGAUCACUACAUUUACAACUCCCAGGCUUUGAGAGAAGGAAUGUGUUUCAUGAUGGACAGAGGCGGCGACAGAAUUUGUUACGUCCAGUUUCCUCAAAGGUUUGAGGGAAUUGAUCCGUCUGAUCGAUAUGCCAAUCAUAACACAGUCUUUUUUGAUGGCAACAUGAGAGCACUUGACGGAGUUCAAGGUCCUGUCUAUGUGGGAACUGGAUGCCUCUUCCGGCGCAUCGCGCUUUACGGGUUUGAUCCACCACGUUACAAAGAGGACAAUUAUGGGGAUUGUUUUGGCAGGUGGGGGAAAAGAGGACACGUUAAUGCUACUUCUUCUCAUGCUCCGAAAAACAUGGAGGAUGAUAAAGAAGUGAACCAGGCGUUGAGAUUUGUUGCUGACUAUUUUGAUGAUGAAGAUAUGAACAUAUCGGCCUCACUGACUCCCGGAAGGUUUGGCAGUUCAAGCUUUCUUAUUGGAUCCAUCCCGGUGGCUGAGUACCAAGGCCGUCCGUUGGCAGAUCAUCCAUCUGUGAAGAAUGGAAGGCCACCUGGUGCUCUCACUAUUCCAAGAGAACUUCUUGACGCAUCAAGCGUCGCAGAGGCUAUUAGUGUCAUAUCUUGCUGGUACGAGGACAAGACUGAAUGGGGAUCCCGGGUGGGAUGGAUUUACGGCUCAGUAACAGAAGAUGUGGUGACAGGUUACAGGAUGCACAACAGGGGAUGGAAAUCUGUAUAUUGUGUGACAAAGCGCGACGCAUUUCGUGGGACUGCACCUAUCAAUCUUACAGAUAGGCUUCAUCAAGUCCUCCGCUGGGCGACUGGCUCCGUUGAGAUUUUCUUUUCCAGGAACAAUGCGUUCCUGGCGAGCUCAAGGAUGAAGUUCUUGCAGAGGAUUGCAUACCUUAAUGUUGGGAUUUAUCCAUUUACUUCCAUCUUCCUCCUUGUCUACUGCUUCCUUCCAGCAUUGUCCCUAUUAUCGGGACAGUUCAUCGUUCAAACCCUCAACGUCACUUUCCUGACCUACCUGCUUAUUAUCACUAUGACUCUCUCCAUGCUGGCUCUUCUCGAGGUGAAAUGGUCAGGUAUUGAGCUUCAGGAAUGGUGGAGGAAUGAGCAGUUUUGGUUGAUCGGAGGCACAAGUGCACAUUUGGCUGCAGUGAUUCAAGGAUUACUGAAAGUCAUUGCUGGAAUAGAAAUUUCCUUUACUUUAACUUCGAAAUCAGCUGGUGGUGGUGACGAUGAAGUCGACGAGUUUGCUGAUCUCUACAUUUUCAAGUGGACUUCCCUCAUGAUCCCACCGAUUACCAUAAUGCUAGUAAACUUGAUUGCCAUUGCAGUUGGCAUCAGCCGGACAAUUUAUAGUGUGAUACCUCAGUGGAGUCGGCUGCUUGGUGGCGUUUUCUUCAGUUUUUGGGUACUUGCGCAUCUUUAUCCUUUCGCCAAGGGGCUAAUGGGCAGAAGGGGAAGGACGCCUACUAUUGUCUUUGUUUGGUCUGGACUUGUGGCGAUUAUCAUAUCACUUCUGUGGGUGGCGAUCAACCCUCCAGAUGGUGCUAACCAGAUUGGAGGCUCAUUUCAGCUUCCAUGA